AUGAUAUCAAUUCAGAAAGUUCAAAAUAAGAUUUGGACCUCUUUCACUUUGAUUAAUAGGUGCUAAUUACUUAACAGAUAAAGAAGGUUUUUCGCUGCUGGCUUUGGACUAUAGUAUGACAGAAAGUCAGAUUACUACGAGACUUUGGGUGUUUCACCAAGGUGCGAAGAAAAAGAACUCAAGAAGGCCUAUUAUAAAUUAGCAUAGAAGUAUCAUCCUGAUAAAGCAGGAGCAGGGGACAAGGUAGCAGAAGAAAAAUUUAAGUCGAUUAGUAAUGCCUAUGAUACAUUGAAAGAUUAAUCCUAGAGAUAACUAUAUGACCAACUCAGAGAAUAAGCACAUAACCCUGGAGCAGCUUAAUAGGACUACGGAUAGCAAAAUUCUAAUGCGAGUGGCCAAUAAUAGAGAAGAUAAUCAUAAUCGUCAUCCAAUUAUAAUGAAAAUUUCUACUCAGAUAAAAGAUCAUAGGAGGACUUUUACAAAUAUUACUCUUAGUAUGGCAAUUAAAAACAGAAAAUGAACGAUUUCUUUAAGAACAGCAAGUGGACUAAGGAUUUUUGGGACGAAGAAGGCCCUAAUGGAAAAAAGUAAAGAGAGUAGUAAUAAUAAAAUUAGAAGCAAUAAAAUGAUAGUUAUUAUCAGACUAAAAAAUAAUAGCAAGAGGAAAAUUACAGAAAAUAAUAGUAGAGGACUUAGGGACCAGAUUUCAAGUACUCUGGUACACAAUAUCAAAAAAAUGAUGAAUCAAGCAAUCAAUAAUAAUAUUCAUAAGACUUCCAUCAAUAAUAGUAUGACAAGUAUAUGAAAGAGAAACUAGAAGAAGAAUUGAGACGAGGGAGAGAGGCUGACAGUAAAUUUAAUGAUUUUAAAAAACAAAGACAUGAUCCAAAGCCAGAGAAAAAAGUUUAUAAGAAAUAUGAACCGAAUAAGGAUAGUAUGCAUCAUGAAUCUAAUAGAGGAUAUAAUUCAGAAUAAUUCAAAAAAGCUCCUUAUAAAUCGAUCUUCAAAGGAUUUAAUCCUUUUGAGAUUAAUGAUUUUGAAAGGAAUAGCAAAGAUUAAAAGGAGUUUGAUGAUCUUUAUGAAAAAGCAGACAGAAAAAGCUAGGAGCAGAGUCAUGAAUCGAUGAAUAGAGAUUUUUUAAAUACUAAGGAUGUUAGUACCAUCCUGCCAGUAGGAAGAGUUUUAGCUGCUCUUGGAAUGCUUGGCUUGACAUAUAAGGCUGUUGACGUGUAUGUUUAAUGA